AGCUUCUCAAUUUGAGGUAUCCUUCAUGCAUGCCAAUUUUUAAUGAUCGGAGUACUCUCUGCAAUUUGUUAUUUGAUCUUCUAAAUUCAAAUUUCUAAUGACAUGACAAAGGGUUUGGUCCGAUUCGGUUGCCCAUUUAGGUGUCAGAACCCAUCAUUGAUUUGGGAUAUUGAUAAGGAAAACAAUAAUAUCAGUACUGUUGUUAGUUUGUAUACAAAAGGAGAUUCGACUUCUGGUUAUUGUGUAAUCCAAAUUCAUAUAGAGGGAUUUUCUACAUCGAUAACAUCAUCAUCUGCAUGAAACAACUAGCUAUUUGCUGCAGAGAAGGCUACCAAACUUCGGUUUCUGCCACUUGCUGCAGAGAAUGCUACUAAACUUAGCCAUUCAGGUAUCAUCGCUGCUAGAAGGGAAUACUGAAUUACUGAUCAUCACGGAGUGUCAUAAACUCAAUUGAGUGGUUAUGGUUUACGGAAGAGCUUCAGAUGUGGAGCGCCUAGAAGAGGGAUCUGAUGCAGGACAUUGGAAUGUAUUGAUUAGAAAGGUAUUAUAUGUCCUAAAAAUGCGAAAAAGUGAACAGAGGAGGAAAUUCCUUUACAUAUGGAGUAAGAUAAUGGUUAUUUCCUGUGUGUUAGCCGUCUCACUAGAUCCUCUGUUCUUGUACAUUUUAAUCAUUGAUCAAGAUAACAAGUGUCUUCAAAUGGACAAAAAGCUGAGCACUACUAUUCUUGUGUUGCGAUCACUCACGGAUAUCAUUUUCGCUGUGCCUUUUAUUUGUAAAGUUCACAAAAGCGUUACAUUUCAAAUGCACAAAAAGUUUGGGGCUAAUGUGGCUGCAAAUACCACAAGUACUGUGGCCUCAAGUACCCAGCAAAUUGAAGGAAAUUUGUAUGGGAAAUCAAAAGGAAAAGCGUUGACUAAAGUUGGCAAGAAAAUAGCUCAGAAGAUGUCAUGGUUAUACUUCUCCUACAUAAAUGAUUUUCUCGCUCUUCUUCCGGUCCCACAACUGCUAAUAGUAGUUACAUUUUACAACAUGAGAGGCGCUGAAUAUGUGGAACAUAAAAAGCUUCUGAAUGCCUUCAUUUUUGGUCAAUAUCUACCAAGGAUAUAUCGAGUUCACCAGUCGUCCAAGAAGCUUCGAGAGGUUGUUGGAACUUGGUUUAAAGGUCUAUACAAUUUUUUUCUCUACAUUCUUGCCAGCCAUAUACUUGGAGCUUUUUGGUAUUUCUUUUCUAUUCAACAAGAGACAUUAUGCUGGUACAAUGCCUGUGCAAAACAUAGUCCAGAUCCUGUUGGGUGUAUGAAUACUUUCUACUGUGGGCAUCAAACUACUAAUUCAAGAAACAUAGCAUUUCUAAACGAGCAUUGCCCGUUAGAUACUCCAGAUGGUGUCUUACCCCAAUUUAAUUUUGGAAUAUUUCUAGAUUCCCUUCAGAAUCAUAACGUAGACCACAUACAGUUCGGAAGGAAGUUAUUUUACUCUUUCUGGUGGGGCUUGCGAAAUCUAAGUAAUUUUGGGACGAAUCUGACAACAAGUACGUACGUGUGGGAAAACUUGUUUGCGAUUCUCAUUUCGGUCGUUGGCUUGCUUCUGUUUUUAUAUUUCAUUGGAAACGUGCAGACUUAUAUGCAGAUGGAAGCUACAAAAACAGAGGAGAGGAGACAAAAAGCGGAGGAAGAAGAGGAGACGAAACAGAAGAUUCGGAUGAGGAUGCUAGAUGUACGAAGGUGGAUAUCCGACAAUAAAUUCCCCGAUGAUGUCAAGAAAGAGAUCAUGGAUAGCAUAGAAAAAAUAUUGAAAAAAGACAAAGAUGCUGAUGUCCACAAGCCAUUCCUUAUUCUUCCCUGGCAAACCAAAAGAACUGUUAAACGCCAUCUUUUCAUGGGUACACUUAAGAAAGUAAAUAGGCUUAAAGGCAUGAAUGAAAAAGUGUUGACGUUGAUGUGCGACUGUCUGAAGCCAGUGACGUACGGUGAGACCAGCUUCGUUUUUCGAAUGGGAGAUCCACUCGAUUGCAUGAUGUUCAUUAUCCAAGGAACAGUGUGGACCUACGGGUCGAGUGAUAAUCAAGUUGGGCAAGGAGUCUCAUCAAUGGCCAUCAAGCGCGUCGGGAAAGGUUACAUUUAUGGGGAAGAGCUUCUCGAUUGGGCAUCAGACUGUUUCAACGAACUUCCAGUCUCCAGCAAACAUGUCAAAAGUCAGACAAAAGUGGAAGCAUUUGUGCUCAUGGCCAAGGACUUGGAAACCGUUGUCUCCAGAUGCAAAACAUAUUGGGACUUGCACAACUGUAACAAUCCUGAAGAGGUGGCAGUCUCUACCGUUCGUCGUUUCUUUAGAAGGCCGCAACGACGUCCGCCCCUGUCCUCGGCUGAAAUAUGGGAUGACAUUAGUCGUAGAACGCUCUAAACCUUACAUACAGAGAGUGCUUGAUGUUAGAUAUAUGUUUUGUCAAAGAUGGUUUAAGUAAUCAAGUCAACUGCAAGUGUUUUAUUGAUGGUUUUUAAAACCUAGACUUCUUCUAUUUCAUACGAUGAAAUAGUCGAUAAACCCCAAUCCCAUAUUCUGCGAGAAUCCAAAGGAUUUCAAAUUUUUUAUUUUCAAUUUUUAAUUGGCCGAAUUUAUGAUCAACAUCAUCGACAUCGAUGUUAUGUAAUGACAUGCA